AUGCAGGAGCCCACAAUCAACAAAGCUUCACAAGCCGCAGGCCGUCAUGCAUUGGCGCAAGGCCUGAGCCAGAUCAACUCUGAAAACUUUGCUCAUCACGACGAUAUUCCAGACCGAGACUUCUCUGAUGUACUGCCACCGCUCGGCUCGGCUGACGAUGUCGACUCGGACCACGAGACAGAAGAUGCGGCUUCCGUCGGGUUUACGGCGUCGUUUGACCAGGCAGCGCCCGCAUCGGGCGUAACCUAUUCGCGUGGCGGUGGUGACGUGGUCCUGAUUCUCGGCCUGCCAGAGAUCUUCACCGUUGGAUGCGACGCGCUGUCCUUUACUGCUAAGCACUUUGGCGGCCUCGGCGAUGUGCCGGCCGGGCCUCACUUUUUUUGGGCGGCGCACCCUGGUGGCAUGGCCACGCGGUCCGGUUUCUGGAUCGUGAGCGAGGGCGCGAACCGCGUGCACGCCGUCCGGUGGGACAGCAGCUCCGAGCUGCUGAUCGACUCGCUGCCGGCUGAGAUCCCCCGCGACGUCAACGCACCCCAUGCUGAGCUGCUAUCGUACCGCGACCCAACGGCGCGCAGCGACGGAGCCGGCGGGAGCGUGGGUGAGGUGAACGAGUCGCGAGCGGCGGAAAGUGAGCGGAUCUGGGGCCAGCUGACGAGCUGCAUCACCGGCGACUUGCUAUCGCGCGUAACGGGCCAGCCAAAAGCAGGUGCCGCCGCCUGGCACAUUAGCACGACAGACCUCGUGGAAGGCCAGGUGCUGCCGUCGGCAGAGCGCGCGAUGGAGCAGCACAUUUCUCACAUGCGACGCGCGACGCCGGCGCGCGAGCUGCGCUUCGCGUUAGAUCAGCACUCCAAGACGUACUCGGCGGAGCGUCUUGGCGCAGAGCGCACGCGUGAGGCCACCGACGCCACGUCGUACCUGCUCGCGCUGCUGGACAGCGAUAGCAGCGGCAGCGACGCCGUGACGGAAGCCAGCCUCGUCGGCGAGCUGCAGAUCGCGUUCCUCGCCGGCGUGCACCUCGGCAACGACGCGUGCCUGGAGCAGUGGCUGCACACGGUGCUGCGGGUGCUGCUGCGGGCCUACACGCUACCGCGGCGCCGGCCGACGCUUGCGGCCGACGCUAUUCGCGCCGUCACCGCGCAGCUGGCCUAUGGCGGGGACUGGCUCGACACGCCACUAAUGGGGAUGCUAUCCGAGGCGCGCGGGCGCGAGCUGCGCUUGGCGCUCAUCAUCUACAAGCGGCGGCUAGAAGAAGACAGCAGCGAUGGUGACGGCGACAGUGACGGGGUGGCUCGCGUAACGGCGGCGUUUUCUCGACUCGAGGCCGUCGUGGCCGGACCAGCGUUUGGCUGGGACCUGCGCGGCGAGUAUCUGCGCAAGGGCAAGGUCGUCAUGGAGGACGGUGAGGAGGUGGAGCUGGAGAUGAAGGAGCUGCAGGCCGAGGACGAGAGAGGCGAGUGGGCGCCCGAGAUUGUCGAGCUGGACGAGCAUGGACGGGAAAAGGGCUUGAUAUCAUGGAAUGACUAA